AUGGACUUUGCUUUGGGCUUCGAUGAGACCUACAAUCAGCCUGAGAACUUCGAGAACUUCAAGAAGGCCGUUCGUGACCGCCUUGCUCCACUCAAGACCUGUCACCUGAACACCUACUGGACGCGCAGCGCUUGUGGAGUUAGCGUCUUGAAUGAGGAAGGCGCCGCCAGCGGCAAGAAGAAGAAGAAGGACAAGCCAACCAAGAAAAGCAAGGACAUUCAUCACUUCAGCUGGAACUCAAUCAAGGCAUCUUCGGUGCGCUUGACGGCAGUGGCUGUACGUUCUGCAGAGCUCGCAGCUAUGGGGGUUGAUGCUGACAAUGCUGGAUUUGAGAAGGAUGGGGAGGAGAUCAUGAACUUGAAAGUCAACGGAGCGCUUGCCUUGCACUUCUUGUGCACAGAGAAUCCCUAUGAACACUUGACCCAGCUCAAUUGA